CCUGGUGCAAAAGGGCCCUGAUCUCAGCUGGCAUCUGUAGGCGCUGGUGGAACAGAAAUAAUUGGGCUGGCCCUGAUGCUGAACGGGGCAGUCACCUCUCGUCACUCACAAGCAAUGCCUUGUCCUGGCUUCUUGCAGGAUGGCUGAAGAAGCCCCCAAGGACCUCUCAAUGCCCAUCGGUGCCUGGGUGGAGACGAAACCUGCCCCAUGGGAGAGUUGGCAAAAGAUCCCACAGCAGAAGCAGGAGCUGUGUGAGCCUCAGCCCUUCCAUGCCAAUUCACCUUCCUAUUGUAAGGCCUGCUUAAGGAGGCUAGACUGGGAGGAGAAAGAGGCCUGGGAGUACAUCGACGCCUUUCUCAAGAGCAAUGAACAGGACGAGGCCAAGAAACUCAAGUUCUUGGAUUCCAUCAGCACCCUCAGCAGCCUGCCUGCUUUUAUGGACAAAGGCCUGCUAGUGGAGAAGAUAAAGGAGCUGAUUGAUCACGAGUCCGUCGACUCCCUGACCGGCGUGAUGCGUCAGCAAGCAAUGCUCGCCAUCAUGAAGCUGAGCAAAAUGAAGCUACCGUGGCUGGUCCUGACACGACCCAGCCUGCUCGCCACCUGCUUCUCCAGCAUCUUCUCCCUGCCUCCAGCACACACCAUGGAGGAGGAGGUGGAGGCUGCUCUCUGCACCAAAACUCUGAAAAUCAUGGAUGAGAUGCUGAAGGCCUUGGUGUGCGAGGAUCAGGAGCCCAACCUUCUGGUGCUGCAAAUCAUCUUGAAGGUCCUGCUCCCCUGGACUACAUCCAAGGAGGUGCAUGAGCGGCUGAGGGCAGUGGGAAGGAUCACCUGGCUUAUGGAAUUCAUGGGGUCUCAGUGCAAAUUCCAGGAAGUGGAGGAGUUCAGCGUCCUGGGCCAGCUGAUGGGGUGUCUCACUCUGUGCUGUGCGGAGCAGGAGCAGGAGAUCUGGCAAUUGGCUGUGGAGGGCCUUCACCACGUCUACUCCUUCAUGCUGCAGCUAAAAUCCAAAAUGCCGGUGAAUCACGGUGCAGAGUAUCGGCAGCUCCUCCACGACAGUCAAACUGAGAGAGCCUUCUGGGUCACCAACAUCAGCAAUAUCACAUCGAUUUUUGGGGAGUACUUCGACACGUCUGAGUGCAUGGACUUCCUCCUCGUUGCUAUCAAGGGCAUGAGAGACUCCAGCAUCCAUGACGCACUGACGGCCAGGAACAUGCUGCAUAUGAUCCUGGAGGUUCCCGGCCUCAGCUUGGGGAGGGUGUCAGAGGCUGUGAAGAGCAUUUCAUAA